AUGACUGAUACGAUGGGUUUUGUACCUUCGGCAGCUCUCCUCGUCGUUCCGGACAACAGAGGCAACUUACAGGACAACUACGAGUUGGAAUCUACGGCGCUGGGCAAGGGUGGAUUUGCAGAAGUCCGUCGGGCCACAGUCAGAGUCACCGGUGCAAAGCGAGCCGUGAAAAUCAUUUCCAAGUCUGACAAGAACAACCCUGGCUUGCUGAAGGCAGAGAUCGAAGUCAUGAAGAUGUUGGAUCACCCGAAUGUGGUCACUCUUUUCGAAAUAUUUGAAGAUUCAGAUACGCUUUCCUUAGUGCUGGAGUUGUGCAGCGGCGGGGAACUUGAAGCAUAUGUUGAUAAGCACGGGAGUCUGAAGGAGCCCGAGGCAGCACUUGCCACCAAGCACGUUGUCUCAGCAGUGCGCUAUUUGCACGGUAAGGGCAUUGUGCACAGAGAUAUCAAAGCUCCAAACUGUCUGUUGCUUCUUCCUCACGGCCUUGAUGAGAGACAGGCAGUGAAGCUCAGCGACUAUGGCCUAUCCUGCCCUUUCAAAAAGGGCGAGAAAUUGUCACAAAGGUGUGGAACUCCCAGCCACAUGGCCCCAGAGGCCGGGUGA